CUGCACGCUUCUUUUAAUUUCCCUCCAGAAUCAAUUUUAGGGUAAAAAUAAAAUCAUAUUCAAUUUUAUCUUCGCUCCAAUCGUACAUCGACUGGAGAAAAAAUGGCAAAAAGUUUCAAAGAUGAUCUCCGGGACGUGCUCACCGGUCUGUCAUCGUCGCGGUCGUCGUCUCCGAGCAAAUCCGCAGCUUAUUCAACGCUAUUGCACCUCCAGCAGCUCUCAUCUACCAGCAGCGCCGACCCCGUUCUCAUCACAUUGCUCGCAGACUCGUCUUCCUCGCUCCUGCAAUCGAUUCUCGUCGAUAUCUUCGAUCGCGAUGAGGAAAUGAUUUCCGUGCAGGCUUUGAAGUGUUUGGGGUUUAUGAUUUAUCACCCUUCUAUACUUGCUUCUAUUAAAUGUGAGGAUUCCAGCUUUAUUGUUGAGUCACUUGUUAAGGUUAUCACAACAACCAAGAUAAAGUGGGUUUGCAAUUUGGGUUUGUGGUGUAUAUCUAUGCAACAGUUUACCACUACGCUUUUGGACACACAUUUUCAUGCAUUGCUGAGGGCAAUUUCUUAUGGCCUCGCUAAUCCUAUGGGCUCUCUUUCCAUAACAUUUGAGGCUAUGCUGGCUGUGAUGAAGUUGGCUGGUUCAAUGGGUGAAAAGAUGCGAAACUCAUCGAAUAUUUGGGUUCCUCCCCUUUAUAGAAGACUUGCAAGUGAUGAUAAAAGGGAGAAGGAAAUGUCUGAGAGAUGCUUGCUAAAAGUGAAGACCAUUAUAUGUCCUCCACCAAUUGCGCUUUCCAAGAUGGUUAUUCUAGACAUGAAGAAAAAGCUGCUUGCAGAAAUAGAAGAGAUGGUUAAUCGUGGCAAGAAGAUUGAGGCUCUUAAAGCAUGGGGGUGGUUUAUACGCUUACUGGGACCAUAUAUGACCAAACAUAAGGAUUUAGUCAAUGAGUUGCUUAAACUUCCAACACGGACAUUUUCAGACUUCGAUCCACAAGUUCAGAUUGCUUCGCUGGUUUCAUGGGAAGGUUUGAUCGAGGCAUUAAUCUGCCCCCCAUUCAAUGAUCCUGAGAGCAGUUCAGCUACCAGGAAUGCUUCAAAAGAUAUGAAAAUUUAUGAAGGGGACUGUAAAAAGAUGAUUUCAAAUGGAUUUUCUAAGAAGCUUAAGCUUAUAAUGACACCUCUUGCAGGAAUCAUGACAAGAUCUGAUCCUGUGAGGCAUGAAGAAUUAGUUACCUUGACAUACAAUGCUGCGUCAAGGCUAUUCAGAUCUUUGUUGAGGUCAGUUCAGAAUUCCUUAAGAUGUGAACUUGUCACUUACGAUGAGGUUAUGCUAUGUUUAAAUGUAAUUCUGAAGUUCUUCAUUGAGAUUCUUGAAAACUCGAGUUCAGACGAUACAUUAUCCCUUCAGCUUUUGUGUGCUGCAAUGGAGGAGUUAGAUCCAUCAAUACUGGAAUCUCCUCUGUACAAAGUGGCCUUGGACAUAAAAGUUCUUGAAAACGUACAACCAAUUUGUAGGAAUCUCAAAACAUCAGAUAUUGGCAGUCUGGCUUAUAUGGAAAUGGAAUCAAAUUGCUUUGAGAUAUGGGUAACCCUUGCACAGUGUCUUAAUGAAUUUGUAAUGGAAGAUGGGUCCGGUUAUUCUGCAGUUAUGCUUCUCCUAAACUAUCCAUUUGCUGCUUAUCCUAUACUUCAAGGGCAGUUUGAGAUUACACGUGCCAUUGAAGCAUGGGAAUUGUUUUAUGAUUAUAUAAGUAAAUGCUCACAAAUUUGCCAUUUGAUUAUCACAAGGGACGUGUUUGAAAUGUUGAAUGGAAACAUUGAUGAAAACAGUGAGAGGGGUAAUUUUCUUAUGUUAUUAGGUAAUGCCAUGUCAUGUGUUUUGGAGAAGGCUAUUAAUGAUAAACACAAUAACAAAGAUGGUGAUUCUGGGAGCUCCAACAAUGUCAUGAGUAGCCUGGAAUUUGCCUUCAGGUUCAUGAAGAUCCCUUGGGUGGUGGAAGAAAAAAAUUUGCAAAUAAGUUUCAGUAUAGCAUCAAGGUUACUAUCAAAGCUGGUGAACUUCAUUGGGUGUUUUCCAUUUCAUCAAGGUUUUAUCUCGUUUAUUGAGAUUACAACAAAGCCACUGCUUCUAUGGCUAUCACAUAUGGAUCUUCAAGACAAUUGCUUCAAAGAUCAACUCCCCCUAUUAUGGUCUGAAAUCCUGAAGAAUCUGCAGAAGAACCAAUUAGUUAUAAACUUUGAUUCUUCAUUUCUCAAACUGCAGUCCCCCCUUCUCCAGAAAACUCUCGACCACCCGUGCCCAGAAAUCUCCAACCCGUCCGUCCAGUUUUGGGAUUCCACAUACGGCAAACAGGUCAAUUUACAGUACCCGGAAAACUUGCUUCGCAUUCUUGACAAGCUUUCGAGGAAUGGGAGACUGACCCUAUGCAGAAAAACUUCCCCUGGUAAAAUGGUGUGGAAGAUCAGCAGUGCCUCCUCCCUCAACCGGUGUUCUAAAAGGGUUGAGUUUGCGGGUGUUGUUGGCGGGAAACGGGCACGUGGCGAGCUGACCGAACACCAGAAGGAAGUGAGACGUGCUCAACAAGGGCGGGGGAGUGACGCCCUCGGACGGGGCCCGGGUAUCCGGACUUACACAAGUGUUGAUUUCUCUCAAGAUAAUAAUGAAGAGUCACAAGAGAGUCAAGACAUCAGGGACGCUGAUUCCAUCAUGGAGAUGGUGAGGAAAAUUCAAUAGGAUAAAGUCAUGGUAACCACACAGGGUGAUCCCAUGCUUUGCAUAGACAUGCCGUGUGUGUGGACGGUGUGGUGGUCUGUGCAAAGCAUGAGGUCACCCGUGUGGGUGUACCGAGCACGAUCCAAUUCAAUAAGGGAUUGAUUGUUUG